CAUUUAAUAUAAAAAUAUAAAAAUUAAGUAUGAAUAUUAUUUUAAAACAUUACAUACAUAUGUAGGUCCGUUUAAACAUUUUGACGACAGAUAUGCCUCUGAAAUCGCAUAAUUUAUUUGAAUUGAAUAAAUUGUACAUGCACAUUUUUGUCAUAAAUAAAUAUUAUAUUAGCACAUAUGAUUGCAUAUAAAUGUAUCAAUAUAUAAGCAAACGGGCUAACAUUCCGAUUUAAUAGAAAUGUAAAUCUCUGAGCAUAUUUUUCAUUUAAUGCUCAGCUCUGUAAACGCGACACUGUUAAAAUUUCUCCUUCCGAGCUGGCUGACGUGAAACACGCUCAUCGUGUUUUGUUAGAUUUUGACAAUUCACACGCUGGUCCGCAAUUGGACCUUCUCUAUAUUUAACGUUCUCUGUAUUAAUUUCAUGUAUGUCAAGGACUUUAUUGAUUUUGACACGAAGCUGCUGUUGAACGACAAAAUAACAUCUCAGCUGAAAAAUAUCAUAUAUAGAGUUGGAGGAAAGGAUUUCCCUUCAUUCCUAAGAAUGACAUUGAAAUCCAUUAUAUCGGAUGCUAUGGCCGUUAAUUUAACUUGGCGUGGAACAAAUGACAAACCCAGUAUCCAACGCUUUACAACAUUUGCACUAAUAAAAAAUGCCUGUCAUUCCAAAUAUUCGAACUCGACCGAUAUGAAUAUAAAUAAAGUGUGUCAACAGCACAUACUUCACGCCCGAGACAGAGUACAAAAAAAAAAACAAACAAACAAUUAAUGAACUGAAAAAUAAAAAAAAUCUUAUUU